AUGCAGCGAACUCUUGAACAGCGUUACGCAGUUAAGUUCUGUGUUGGGCUGGGAAAAUCUGGUACAGAGACAUUGGCCAUGAUUCGGCAAGUGUUCGGGAGUGAUAGUCUAUCGCAAACUGCAGUUUUUAAGUGGCACAAGUUGUUCAAAGAUGGCCGAGAGAGUGUGGAGGACAAACCCCGCGCGGGACGCCCGUCAACGUCAAGAACCGACGACAACGUGCAACGUGUGCGUGAUGUGUUGAACUCAAACCGGCGGUUAAGUGUUCGAAUGAUCGCAGACCAAAUAGGCAUUGAUAAAAUGAUUGUGCACACCAUCAUCACCGAGGAUUUGGCGAUAAGAAAGAUCUGCGCCAAGUUCGUCCCGAAAGUUUUGACAGACGACCAAAAGCAGAGGCGUGUGUCUGCUUGCGAAGAUCUUUUGCAACGCGUUGAAGAAGACCUUGACUUUUUGGACAACGUGAUAACGGGGGACGAAAGUUGGAUUUUUGAAUACGACCCCGAAACAAAACGUCAGAGUGCCGAAUGGCACACUGCAGCAUCCCCUCGUCCAAAAAAGGCUCGAAUGAGCAAAUCCAGGGUGAAAGCCUUGCUCAUUGUUUUCUUUGAUGUCAAGGGUGUGGUCUACCAGGAGUUUGUACCUCCGGGGCAGACAGUCAAUGGUGCCUUUUACCUGGAAGUGCUGAAAAGGUUGACAAGAAGGGUCAACCGAGUGAGGCCCGCCAUUGCCGCCAAUUGGAAACUGCAUCACGAUAAUGCACCAAGGCACUCCUGCUUCCUGGUAACCGACUAUUUGAUCAAGAUCGGCAUCACAACGGUUUCCCAGCCUCCCUACAGUCCCGAUGUGGCCCCGGCGGACUUUUUCCUGUUCCCCAAAGUGAAAACCACCUUCAAAGGACGUUACCAUGGGACCCUACAUACCGUCAAACAGGCUUGCACGCGUGCUUUGAAGGACAUUGCGGAGUCCGACUACCAGGGAGCCUUCGAAGCGUGGAAAAGUCGCUGGCAGAAGUGUGUCGACGCUCAAGGAUCUUACUUUGAAGAAUUUUAA